CGAGGCCGCGACGGUGCGCUUAGGAGCAUGCGCACUGUCACCCUCCGCUCCUCUUUCUCGGGUUGAGGCAUCCUGGGGAGCUAUUGCCCCAGAGUCCAGGCGGGGCUGAAGGGGAAGGGCCUGGCUUGAGCCCACCCUGCUCCCCUGGGGGAGGUGGCUAUGUCAGCUGAGGCCACAACAGAUCACGCCCCACCCCUGGAGAAUUGCGCUCCGCUGGUCCCAACCCAGCACCGACAAGAUGGCAGGGGUGGGGUAACCGAGGUGACUUUGGACCUCAAGCCUCUGAACCCCAGCAGCAAGUAUGUCAAGCUGAAUGUGGGAGGGUCCCUGCAUUAUACCACCGUGCAGACCCUGACGAAGCAAGAUACUAUGCUCAAGGCAAUGUUCAGUGGCCGAAUGGAAGUGCUCACAGAUAGUGAAGGUUGGAUCUUGAUUGACCGAAGUGGCCGCCAUUUUGGAACUAUUCUGAAUUAUUUGCGGGAUGGCUCAGUAUCCCUUCCAGAGUCCCAGCGGGAGCUGGAGGAAGUGUUGUCUGAAGCCCGAUAUUAUCUGAUCCAAGGUUUGGUUGAGGACUGCCAGCUUGCAAUACAGCAAAAGAGUGAAGCCUAUGACCCACUCUGCCAUAUCCCCAUGGUGACGUCUCCCAAGGAGGAGCAGCAGAUCAUCUCAAGAUGUUCCAAGCCUGUGGUGAAGUUACUGCAUAACAGAAGUAAUAACAAGUAUUCCUAUACAAGUAACUCUGAUGACAACUUACUGAAGAAUAUUGAACUGUUUGACAAACUAGCUCUGAGGUUCAAUGGACGGGUGCUUUUCAUCAAAGAUGUUCUUGGAGAUGAGAUCUGCUGCUGGUCAUUCUAUGGGCAGGGCCGCAAGAUUGCUGAGGUUUGCUGCACUUCCAUCGUCUAUGCCACCGAAAAGAAGCAGACCAAGGUCGAGUUUCCCGAGGCCCGGAUCUUUGAAGAAACGCUGAAUAUCCUGAUCUAUGAGAUGCCACGGGUGCCAGACAAGGCCCUCCUAGAGGCCACUGGGGGAGUUGCAGGUGGGGGCGGAGGCCCCCUCCGCGCUGGUGAUGAGGAAGACGGGCGGGAGCACCGCGUCCGACGCAUCCAUGUUCGCAGACACAUUAUGCAUGACGAACGCCCUCACGGCCACCAGGCUGUUUUCAAAGACUGAUCCAGCCUUGUUUCCAGGGUCCUCAUCGCUCCAGCUCUUCAGUGCCAAAGGAGGACCCGCUUUUUUCUUUUGAGAUUUCAUCCCGAGGUCUCCUCUAUAGUGUUCAUGUCCUUUCUAAGUCCUCCCCGUUUGGGGCUGUUUUUUUUUUCGUUUUUUUUAAUUUUUGCUGUUUCCUUACAUUAUAACUAAUUUGAGCCCCCAUUCCCACUUACUUUUGUUGUGACAAUAAAAGGCCUUGGUCUGCCCUGUAAUUUACUGAUACGUUCUAAUGAAUUGAUUUUCUUUAAUACUUGAGUCUUAAUACCGGGUUUUCUCUCCUCAGCCAGCCCAAUCUCUGUCUCGUAAUCCUCACGGUACACACAAAUUGAGAUUGUGGUCCUCUCUUCACAACACCUUUGAUCUGAAUGCCUUCCUUUCAGAAUGGAGACUCCCAUGUACCUAUAAUUUAACCUUCUCUAGCCUGAUGGCAUUACGGUUCUCAAAAGGCUGCUGUAGCCUUUAGGAUCCCUGGAACGUUGUUAAUACCCAAGUAGUUAUAUGUGGGUCAAACGCAUAAGUCAAAAUAGUCAAAAUUUUUCCAUUUUUCCUUGUACUUUUAAUAACCGCCAUUUUGGAACCCAGUCAAUCUAUUUUUCAAUUUCUUUCUCAGCUGUCUGAGGCAGGGUGCUAUCUAGACGAGGAUGGUAACAUUAACUAAUUCUCCAGUCUAGAUUUUAGUGGAUUCUUCCCACUUUGUCCUUCCCCUUCUGUCAUAUAAACUGAAGUAUCUCCACCCACUCACAAUAUAAGGUAUGAUCUUUCAAAAUGCAGGUUUGCUGCGGGCUUCUGGCCACAAUCACAUGCAAGAUUUGAUGGAAAGUUCUCCAUUUAUUUGGAACGCCACACAUGCUUUAUGCUAUAUAUGCCACCCCUGUCCAGCCUCCCACAAUAUUUGAACUCCCCUUCUAUUUUCUGUGGUGAAUGGUGCGCGGUUUCACAUUAGAUGUGGCAAACUGUACGACAGGCUCUCCUGCAGCCCCUUAAUCCAGCAAUUUGAUGGAAUACAUUUUGAUAUUCCCAAUACUGGCAAGAGAGAGUGAGUUGAGAUUGUAAUGAACCAAUGGGUUUUCUCAAGUGUUCCUGCCCCCCUCCCCCAAACCUCUUUCUUUUUCGGUAUAUCCUCCCCUCCCUGGAGGAGGUCACCUUGAAUUAAUUAUUGUAAUUUUGUAUUUGCAUAAUUUAUUUUAAAUUGUGGGUUUUUUUCUAUUAAAUUAUUGUAAUAAAAUUUUCUGCAUUAAAAAUAAUAAA